AUGGACUUAAAAUCUCAUCCUGUUAGCAGCUUCUCUCUCAAUUACUUUAAGUUAAUCUCUGAGAAAAAUAAUUUCUUCUUUUCUCCUGCUUCUAUAUAUCUAGCAUUAAGCUUAACUGCUGCUGGCUCUGCAGGUUAAACCCUCAAAGAAUUCUAAAAUGUAUUGAAUUUUUAGAAUGUAGAAGAAAUGGGCAAAUAAAUAAGUUCAUUAAACUAAUAGCUUUAGUAAUCUUCCUAGUCCUUCACUAUCUCUUCUGCUAAUAGAAUUUACAGUGGAGUUUAAGCAGUAACAAACGAUUACAAAUAAUUUGUAGAAAAAUAUUUUCAAUCAGGAUUUGAAAAUGUUAACUUCAACCAAGCUGAAGCUGUGAGGGAAAAUAUUAACGAAUGGGUUUCCUAAUAAACAAGAGAAAAAAUUAAAGAGCUUUUAAAAUAAGGCACUAUCGAUGCCUCAACUAGAAUGGUACUAGUAAAUGCUCUUUACUUAAAAGCAGACUGGUUAUACAAGUUUUAAGGUAAUAAUACAGCUGAUAGAUACUUCUACAUUGAGCCAAACAACGAAUAAAAAAAAGUUUUAACAAAGAUGAUGAGUAACUCAGCAACAUAUGGCUAUGGCAAGUUUGAUGGCUUUGAAUAUGUUUAGCUUCCUUACUAAAAUAAAGAUUUUGCUAUGGAAAUAUUCUUGCCCAGCAAUAGUAUUUAUGAUCUAGAGUCUAAAUUAACUGUAGAAUAAAUGCAAAAUGCUAUGAAUAAUUCUUAAAAGACUAAAAUAAAAUUAUUCUUGCCAAAAUUUAAAAUGAAUGGAAUUUCUCAUAAAGCAUUAGAUAUUCUACAAAACUUGGGUAUUGUUGAAGCUCUAACUCCUUAAGCUAAUUUUAGCAAUUUGUGUUAAACUGAGAAUCUUUACAUAUCAGAUGUUAUUCACCAAGCAGUUAUUGAGGUGAAUGAAUAAGGAACAGAAGCAGCAGCAGCAACAGCAGUCCUUAUGAGGGAAAGGUGUGCUUUAAUAAUUAAUGAAACCCCUGAAGUCCAUUGUGAUAGACCCUUCUUAUUUACUAUUACUCAUGUUCCUACUCACACUGUAUUAUUUUUAGGUAGAAUAACAAAUCCAUAAAAUAUUAAUUGA